AUGGCUGCGUUGCAUCGGAGCGAAGGGCGGUAUUACAGGAUGAAAGAAGGAAGGGAAAAAAAGACCUGACACACGAGUUUUGCAGAAAGUUUCUAAAGCGGGGAUGAGGUGUCUCCGCCGGCACUCGGGGGUGUCACCGCCCCGUCCCUGUCCCGCCGCGCCGGGACCCUGCGCAGGGCUCAGCCCCGGCACGGGGACAGGGGCACGGGGGUCCCUUCACGGGAGAUAGUGGCAGAAUGCAGCGGGAGGAAACGGAGCUGCAGUAAUUGCUGGAAGAACUAAAUUGGAGGAAUCCAUCGUCAUUUUUGAUGUGAAGGCUUCAUCACUGACAUCUCUAUGUUCAUUUGUCAUCCUCCAGGAAAUAAUACGGCUCAUCAGUUGCAAUAAGUGCUUUGGGUGCUCACUGACAUUUAUUGGGGAAAAAACAAAUUAAUUAACAAAAAAAAAAAAUAGACAAAACCCGACAAACUUUUUGAAGACUUGUGUCAAAUGACGUCAAUGGCCAGUUUGUUCUCCUUUACUAGCCCAGCUGUAAAGCGUCUGUUGGGCUGGAAACAAGGAGAUGAAGAGGAAAAAUGGGCAGAAAAAGCUGUUGAUGCUUUGGUUAAAAAGCUGAAAAAGAAAAAGGGUGCUAUGGAAGAACUGGAGAAAGCCUUGAGCAGCCCAGGGCAGCCCAGCAAGUGCGUUACUAUCCCCCGCUCUUUGGAUGGACGGCUGCAGGUUUCUCACAGAAAAGGCCUUCCCCACGUGAUCUACUGCCGUGUGUGGCGCUGGCCCGAUCUACAAAGCCAUCACGAGCUGAAGCCCUUGGAUAUUUGUGAAUUUCCUUUUGGAUCCAAACAAAAGGAGGUCUGCAUCAAUCCGUACCACUACAAGAGGGUGGAGAGCCCAGUUCUACCUCCAGUGUUAGUGCCUAGACAUAGUGAAUUCAACCCCCAGCACAGUCUGCUAGUUCAGUUCAGGAACCUCAGCCACAAUGAGCCGCACAUGCCACACAACGCGACGUUUCCGGACUCCUUCCAGCAGCCCAACAGCACUCCGUUCUCCAUCUCACCAAACAGCCCCUACCCCCCCUCUCCAGCCAGCAGCACUUACCCGAGCUCCCCAGCCAGCUCUGGGCCAUCCAGUCCCUUUCAGCUGCCAGCUGAUACUCCACCUCCUGCAUAUAUGCCCCCUGAUGAACAAAUGGGGCAGGAUAAUUCACAGUCUAUGGACACAAGCAAUACAAUGAUCCCUCAGAUCAUGCCAAAUAUAUCUACCAGAGAUGUUCAGCCCGUUGCCUAUGAAGAGCCCAAACACUGGUGUUCCAUUGUGUAUUAUGAGUUAAAUAACCGUGUUGGGGAGGCUUUCCAUGCAUCUUCCACAAGUGUCUUAGUAGAUGGAUUUACAGAUCCCUCCAAUAACAAGAACAGGUUCUGCUUAGGUUUGCUCUCCAACGUUAAUCGCAACUCAACGAUCGAGAACACUCGACGGCACAUUGGCAAAGGAGUUCAUCUCUACUAUGUUGGUGGAGAAGUCUAUGCUGAGUGUUUAAGUGAUAGCAGCAUAUUUGUACAGAGCAGGAACUGCAACUACCACCAUGGCUUUCAUCCAACAACUGUAUGCAAGAUUCCCAGUGGAUGCAGUCUGAAGAUCUUUAACAAUCAGGAGUUUGCUCAGCUUUUAGCUCAGUCUGUCAAUCAUGGAUUUGAAGCAGUAUAUGAGCUCACCAAAAUGUGCACCAUUCGAAUGAGUUUUGUAAAGGGCUGGGGAGCUGAAUAUCACCGGCAGGAUGUCACGAGCACCCCGUGCUGGAUUGAAAUUCAUCUUCAUGGGCCCCUCCAGUGGCUGGAUAAAGUACUUACACAAAUGGGUUCUCCCCUUAAUCCCAUCUCAUCUGUUUCAUAGUGCUGCAAUUCCAUCUUCAGCCUUAUUUUUAGUGAACUUAUUCUAAUUCUAGAGAAACUUCCAGUGGAUACUGUGAGCUAUAUGGAGAAUGGAUCUUAUGAUUUAACUUUUUUUUUUUAGAUCCCUUUGUGACCAAUUCCAUUGUGUAUAGCUAAUCAGUUUUACAUUUCAAAUUGUUCUUAUGAUGCUUAAGUGACAGUUGAGCCCUAAGGGAAAAAAUAGUCUAUUGAAAAAUUCAGAACACUUUUCCCCUUCUUCCCCUUAAAACUUAAACAGACAAAUGUCUUAACUGGAAAACCUUUUUGUCUUGUAGUGACAAGAAUUAAUGAAGACUGACUUCAGAAAAUAAAUACAUAUCAUAAUUUGG